UUUCUUCAGCCAUGGUGAAGUGUAUGUGAAUAUCUGUUAGAAUGCUGUUGAUGAUUAUAUUUGAAAUGUUUUACACGUGUGUUACGGUGAUGUUUAUGGGAUUUUACGUGUGUUACUAUCUCACCAAAUGUAAACGACCCUGCAUUCAUGCGUCUCCCUCAUCGCAACUAGCACUGAAAUUAUCGGAAUGUUGCUCCGUUCUCUCAGAAGUUUUCUACCCCAGUUUCCUAUUUGCUCAGCCAGACCUACAAUCGCUCACUACGGAGCUGUCAGACCUGCUGAUCAAAACCAAACUCGCCACCAGAACCUCCACAAUUCAUCUUCCGGACGGAGGAGAGAUAUCGUACACGGAACCUACUGAAGAAUGUGGAGUAGAUAAGAAGUUGAUAUUCAUCAUAGUUCCUGGGUACACAGGGGACCACAAAAGUCCAUACAUCCUACAACUUGCAGAGACUCUUGCUGAUGCCAAUGUUUGGCCGAUAAUAUUCACUGACAGAGGUAAAGGUGGUAUGAGUAUGAAGACAGCUAAAUUCUUCAGUGCAGGAUAUAACGACGGUCUAGCAGCGUUGCUGGACAUUGUAUUAGAGAAUAAUCCUAACUCUAACUACGGAGUGAUCGGGAUCUCAUUUGGGGGAAUGGUAGCCUGCAAUACCCUCCACGAAUAUCACAGGAAAGAAGAAAUAAUGGUACAGUUAAUUUUGUCCUCUCCUCUCGACUCCCUGAAGACGAUAACCCGACUAAACGCUCUCCGAGCUAAAUUCUUUUACAGCCUGCCUUUUGGUAAAAAAAUCAAACGAUUGAUUAGCAACAACCAAGAUGUGUUUAAAACUAAAGCUCAGAAAAAGCUCUUCAGAAGCAUAUCUCGAUCAGAAAGUGCAUCCCUCACUGAUAUUGAUAAUGUGUUCAUAGCCCCAAUGUUUGGUUACACUAAUUCUACCGAGUAUUACAAAGACAUUUGUCUUAGUCGAUGUCUUAAGGAGACAAAAACUUUCACCAUUUGCGUGAACGCUGACGAUGAUCCUUGCUAUUCAAAAGAACUAUUUCCGGUGGACCUGGUGAAGGAAAACCCCAACGUAUGUCUAAUCAGUACUGCUGCCGGAGGACACUUUGGUUUUGCUGGCCUAGGUUGGCCUUUUCAUCGGGUAACAUUCACGGACAAGCUCAUCUCUCAAAUAGUUGCCAUGAUUCAUAGCCAAUUAAAAUAAUUUAAUUUCAUAAUUUUCAUAAGUUAUUCGCUGAUUUUUACUUUAAUUGGGUUCAUUUAACGUAAAACAGUUUAUUGGUUUUAACUUUUAUAUCUUUGUAAAUAGCAAUUUUUGACUGUAUAUAGUAUAUUAUACUUAGAGUACAUUACUUAAGAAGUAAGGUUAUAAUAAAGCUCAUAGUUUUACAACUCUAAGUUACUUCCAAAAAGUAAGCUUUUUUGAUAAUGAUAUUCAUAUAUAAAAAUAAUAUUUAACUGUAUUAGAUUUAAUUGGAGUCAUGAAAAAAAAACUGUAAAAUGAUGCAGCUCAAUAUUUAUACAUCUCCUGGGUACUAUGCAAAAUUGAAGUGAGACCUUCCAACUUUAAACUUUUGUCCCUUGUAGUUAAAUCGUAUUUUAUUUACAUUGAGUCUGACCCAAAAUCCCUCCCGUGAACUAUGUAAAACUAAAAGUGAACCUAACGAUGUCUAACUUCUUUAUUGUUUAGGGUUCAUUAUUAUAAUAAUUUGUUAGUUUUAAAAUGAUGAUAACGAUUGGUUCAGGCAGCUGUUACAGUGCUGAGCUCAUUAUGAUGAUAAAUCUUGAUAAUGAAUAAAUGUGAGUGAUAUUUCAUUAGUUCAUAUUAUGUUAACAGUUUUUAUAGGUUUAAAUACUGUCGGGGUAUUCCUAUUUGAAUAUUAGUACCGUUUAUUUAAUUUUUGUACUCUAAUUAUCAAAAUGUAUUUGAAUGUUUAAAAUGUUCUAAAUCUUAUCUGCUAUUAUUAAACAGAUGUCCCUUAUCUGUAUCACGACAAAAGUCCUUUAUGUCAUUUCGGACAUUUUUAGAAAAAUUCAUUCCAUUAAAGCACACUCGUAUAUUUUUCGCCACUUCAAAAAUCUAUAAUUCAAUUGACUGCCAUAUAACUUCAUUUAAAAAGAAUAUUAACUUGUUUUUAAAGAUUAAAAUAUGGUAUAUUUUUAUUUUAAUCGCCACCAAAGUGGUUUGAUACAAUUUCAACUCUGUGAUACUAACCCGUUACUCUAAAUCUAGGGUUACUCGAUUUUUGUACAAUGCACUGUAUAAUUAUUUAGAUAUGCGUUUAGUAAUUUAUUUGGUAACUCCGUCAAGCAGUUUUGCCGGCAGCAAGCAGGGUGACUAAGAUCAAAUUAUUAUUUGAAUUAAAUUGGUUUUAAAUUUUUGAAUUUCU